AUGAGGUGGUUCGAGAGGAAGACGUCCGCCGCGUGGCCGGCUUUGGUGGCGGCCGCGUGCGCCGCUGUGGUGGCAUGGGCGCGUGAGCUGGUGGUGGCGCCGUGGAGGAUGAGAGACACUACCCUUCGCCUUCGCAGGAUCAUCUACGUUGGGAGGAACGGGAUAUUGAUUUUGGCCGUGACUCUGAUUGCAAUGCGUUCAAUUGUUUGGUACAUGAGAUUUCUGGGCGUUUAUUUCCUGCUUGUGCAUAAUCCUUGUAUGGUUCAGGAACACAUUUGGAAUCAGAAAGGUCAGCUUCAAAGCCCUGACAGUCUUUGUUCUUUUGGUUCUUUUCAUUUGCAUGUUGUUGAAUGCAAGUACAUCAACCAGUUCAGAGAAAGCAGGACACUGACUGAACUUAGCAUCCCUCCUACUCAAUUUGAAGUCUUCCUUCAGACUGUCCUCGCCAACCUGCAGGAAGUCUUCCUUGACACCAAGGUCGUCGUGCUCUUCCUCAUUGCGCUGCUCACCACCGCUGCCCAAUGCACACACUUUGGCCAGAUGGCAUCUUCAGAACACACUGCGUGUCGCAUCCCAUUCAAAGAUAUAUCCAACACCAACAAUGACAGUGGACCAACGACAUCCAAUUUACAACCAGAUGACACAGCUCCAAAAGAACGCAAGAGGCAAAGGGCAAGGGACGCGUAUGCGAACAUGCCUCAAGAUCGAAAGGAGAGGUUACUAAAAAAACGUCGAGAAGAUUAUCAUCGAAGGAAAGCUCAAGCUCUCCUUACAAAUGAAGAUUCACAAUCCACAAUCCCACUCCUUGCUGAAGGUUACUAG